AUGUUGUCUGUACUGGACGCUCUGUGGGAGGACCGCGAUGUCCGCUUUGAUAUCUCUCCGCAACAAAUGAAAAUGAGACCUGGAGAAGUGCUUAUAGAUUGUUUGGAUUCUAUUGAAGAUACUAAGGGGAACAAUGGUGAUCGAGGCAGACUUUUAGUGACUAAUCUGCGGAUAAUAUGGCAUUCCAUAGCACUACCUCGAGUCAAUCUUGCUGUUGGCUACAAUUGUAUUAUAAAUAUUACUACAAGGACUGCUAACUCAAAAUUGAGGGGACAGACAGAGGCUCUGUAUAUAUUGACAAAGUGCAACAACACACGCUUUGAGUUUAUUUUUACAAAUGUGGUACCAGGAAGCCCUCGGCUUUUCACUUCAGUUAUUGCUGUGCAUCGAGCAUAUGAAACAUCCAAAAUGUAUAGAGAUCUCAAACUAAGAGGAGCCUUGAUUCAGAAUAAACAGCUAAGACUUCUUCCCAAAGAACAAGUUUAUGAUAAAAUCAACGGAGUAUGGAAUCUAUCCAGUGAUCAGGGUAACCUUGGCACUUUCUUCAUAACCAAUGUCAGAAUUGUGUGGCAUGCCAACAUGAAUGACAGCUUUAAUGUCAGCAUUCCUUACCUGCAAAUUCGCUCCAUUAAGAUCCGAGACUCCAAGUUUGGUUUAGCACUGGUUAUUGAAAGCUCCCAACAGAGUGGUGGCUAUGUACUUGGCUUUAAGAUUGAUCCAGUGGAGAAACUGCAGGAUUCGGUAAAAGAGAUAAACUCUCUGCACAGAGUCUACUCUGCAAGCCCUAUAUUCGGAGUUGACUAUGAAAUGGAGGAGAAGCCACAAGCUCUGGAGGAGCUGACUGUAGAACAAGUUCAGGAUGAUGUGGAAAUUGAAGCUGAGGAACACACAGAUGCUUUUGUGGCAUAUUUUGCUGAUGGAAACAAGCAACAAGAUCGUGAACCGGUGUUCUCUGAAGAGCUUGGCCUUGCCGUGGAAAAACUAAAGGAUGGCUUCACUCUUCAAGGACUAUGGGAUGUCAUGGGAUGA